UGGAAAAGUGAAUUGUUAAUGGAAAGUGAUGCAUAAUUAGAUUAGGUCAUUUUCACACAUUACACCCCAUGACUCAUUUUUAUUUUUAGUCCCCAUUACUCUCAUUCGUGAACUCAAAAACUACUUCUAAAAAAAAACAAAGAAAAGAAAAGAAAUAGAAUAGCCUUUACCCCUUGUUUUACGAGGUCUCUUUUUGACCAUCCCUUUCAGUUCCUCUGCUUCUACUUGUACUAGUACCAGUACUAACGACCCAAGCAGCUAUACACUCACUCACUCUAUGGCAAUUUGAUUUUCCAAUUGCAAUCCCUAAGCUUCCUUCAAUUCCUAUGUAGCUUUCACUUUCACUUUCACUUUCACUUUCACUUCUUCUGUUGAUGUAAAAAGCUAGGGAUCUGGACCACAAUUUUUCCUUCUUUUUUUUUGUUGCUAAAGAUCAAACUAAGGUGAGAUAGAUCAAUUUCUUUGCCUUAUAGCUGCGGUUUGUUUAACUGCAACGGCUACACUGUACUGGAGAUAGAUCUGUUUCCCUUCAACUCUAAAUUAGGGCUUUUUGCAAAUCUUUAUUUAGGGUUUUGGCAUUGUAGAUUGCGAAACAUAUGAAGCCUAUAGAAGACAACUUGGGGUCGUUUCUCGUUGUAGUAGUAGCAGUGAAAGUGAUGUUUGGGAUAUAUUACUGGGCAUUUCCAUUAUUGUGAUUUAGGUGGAAAGAUCGGCUGCUUGUUGUAGUCAGUAUUUGCAGAAUGAGACUCUCGUCUUCAACUUCAGGGUUCACUCCUCAGCCAGAUGAAGGUGAGAAGAAAUGUUUGAAUUCUGAGUUGUGGCAUGCGUGUGCUGGCCCUCUGGUGUCGCUUCCUGCAGUCGGAAGUCGCGUAGUCUACUUUCCACAGGGUCACAGUGAGCAGGUUGCUGCCUCAACCAACAAGGAAAUUGAUGCCCAUAUCCCUAACUACCCAAGCUUACCACCACAACUUAUCUGUCAGCUUCAUAAUUUGGCCAUGCAUGCAGAUGUGGAGACAGACGAAGUAUAUGCUCAGAUGACUUUGCAACCCCUGAGUCUGCAAGAGCAAAAAGAUGUAUGCCUACUACCAUCAGAACUUGGUACACUAAGCCAACAAAGCCAACAGCCAACCAAUUAUUUUUGUAAGACAUUGACUGCAAGUGACACUAGUACUCAUGGAGGGUUUUCUGUUCCUCGCCGAGCAGCCGAAAAAGUCUUUCCUCCUCUUGAUUACUCGCUGCAGCCUCCAGCUCAAGAAUUGAUUGCAAGGGAUCUUCAUGGCAAUGAAUGGAAAUUCAGGCAUAUAUUCCGUGGCCAGCCAAAGAGGCAUCUUCUUACAACUGGAUGGAGUGUGUUUGUAAGUGCAAAAAGACUCGUUGCUGGUGAUUCUGUCAUUUUUAUCUGGAAUGAAAACAAUCAGUUGUUUCUGGGGAUUCGACGUGCAAAUCGUCUGCAAACUAUCAUGCCUUCAUCAGUUUUAUCAAGUGAUAGCAUGCACAUAGGGCUUCUUGCUGCAGCAGCUCAUGCAGCUGCCACAAAUAGCCGCUUCACCAUAUUUUAUAAUCCAAGGGCCAGUCCAUCAGAAUUUGUCAUACCUCUCGCGAAGUACGCAAAAGCAGUUUAUCACACUCGUGUUUCUGUGGGCAUGCGCUUCCGGAUGUUGUUCGAGACAGAAGAGUCAAGUGUUCGUCGGUACAUGGGAACGAUAACUGGCAUUAGUGAUUUAGAUCUGGUUCGCUGGUCAAGCUCACAUUGGCGCUCAGUGAAGGUUGGCUGGGAUGAAUCCACCACAGGGGAGAGGCAGCCUAGAGUUUCCUUGUGGGAAAUCGAGCCAUUGACAACUUUCCCGAUGUACCCAUCCCCAUUUCCGCUCAGAGGACUGAAGCGGCCAUUGCCUUCUGGAUUACCAUCCUUCCCUGGUCUCAAUGGUGGUGAUGUGAGCAUUAAUUCUCCACUUCUGUGGCUCCAAGGUGAUGUUGGAGACCACAAGAUUCAGUCAUUAAAUUUCCAGGGAUUUGGGGUAACACCCUGGAUGCGACCAAGGCUUGAUGCUUCCAUGCUUGGUCUACAACCUGAUAUAUACCAAGCAAUGGCAUCUGCCACGCUUCAGGAGACCAAGAUUGUCGAUCCUUCCAAAGAUGGAAAUCUAUCCCUUCUGCAUUUUCAGCAACCCCAAAAUAUUCCUGGUGGGGCUUCGUCUCUAAUUAAGAGUCAGAUGUCUCAGCAGUCUCAGUUUCAAAAUAUCUUUCUCCAGAGUGUUCCAGAAAAUCACGCUCCAUAUCAGGCUGAAGGUCUGGCUCAGUUUCUGCAGCAACAUUUGCAUGAUAGCCACCAAUAUGAUGACCAACAGCAGCAAAAACAGCAUCAACAACAGCAGCAUCAAAAACUUCAGCAGCCCCAACUUCAUCUACAAUUUACUGAUCAUCAACAAAAUCCAAAAGCCAGAUCUUUGUCUCAGAUUGGGUCAGCUACUCAGUCCCAGUAUUCAUCUCUCCAGACAAUCUCUCCGAUAUGCCAGCAGCAAACCUUUCCUGAUGCCGUUGGGAGUACUGUAACCACAUCUAUUAUCUUUCCCACACAGAGUCUCUUAUGUUCGAUCUCCCCAGAAGAAACGUCCCACAUAUCCCACCUAUCCCACCUACUUAAUGUGCAGGGAUCUUACAGUCCAGUCUCUUCUUUUUCCUCAUUACCCAAACAAGUUGCAGUGGAACCUCAGGUUCCUUCUGCAGUUGCUCAAUUUGUACUACCCCAGGAGGAAGAAUUAGUGACCCCCCACUCAAAGAUCUCUGAGCUCUCUUCUUUUUUGUCAGCAUGUCCUCCUAAAGAGUAUCCUGACUAUCGAAGUGUAACCGAUCCCCAAAGCAAUUUCUUGUCUGGGACUAACAUGGACUCAUCUCUUAUACAGAAUGGGAUGCCAAACCUAGGAAAUAGUGGCAGCGAGAAUGAAUCUUUGUCUAUGCCAUUUGCAACAUCUAAUUUUUCGAGUGCUAUGGGAACCGACUUUCCACUUAAUUCAGACAUGACAACAUCAAGUUGCAUAGAUAAAUCAUGUUUCUUGCAGUCCUCUGAAAAUGUGGAGCAAGUGAAUGGACCAACUGAAACCUUUGUGAAGGUUUACAAGUCAGGGUCCUUUGGACGGUCAUUGGAUAUCUCCAAAUUCAGCAGCUAUCAUGAGCUGCGUCGUGAGCUUGCUCAGAUGUUUGGCCUUGAAGGCCAGUUGGAGGACCCUCAGAGAUCAGGCUGGCAGCUUACAUUUGUUGACCGAGAGAAUGAUGUCCUUCUCCUUGGUGAUGACCCUUGGCAGGAGUUUGUAAACAACGUGUGGUAUAUCAAGAUACUAUCACCGAUUGAAGUGCAGCAGAUGGGCAAAGGACUUGAUCUUUCGAGCUCUGGCCCAAUGAACGGGCUUUCCAGUAAUGGCAACAGCUGUGAGCUGACAGCGUGCAGAAGUAAAAAAGAUGGUAUAAGGUCUGUUGGGUCACUUGACUACUGAUGACUGGCUUAAAAAUUGAACGGUGAGUUGUACCUUAUUAUCUACCAUUGGCCUUAUUAUUAGCAAUACUUUGUUUCGGUCAAUGGGAUUUAACGUCGGGGUUAACUCCUGCAGGAAGCUUGUAUGUCAGAUCGUUACUGUAAAUUAUAAUAUGAUAAUAUUUACAUAUCUUCUUCCAGAUAUAUAGAUACAACUGCCAAAUCUGUUGGUAGGGUGAUUGAUAUUAAGAGUUAGGUGCUGGUUUAGCAUCUUGUGAUUUACUAAGAUGGACAUUUUUAAAAGAAAUUGAACAGGAUCUUUGGACCA